AUGACGGCAGAGGUGCAGCCAGCCCCGCGCGCGCAGCCCCCUCCCCCUCGCCCUCCUGCCCCCCCUCCUCUUCCUCCUCCUCCUCCUCCUCCCGGCUCGUCGGCGGCGCAGAGCAGCGGCGGCAGCGGCGGCGGCAGCAGCCACCCGAUGUCUUCGGCGCCCGAGAAGCAGCAGCCACCGCACGGCGGCGGCGGCGGCGGCGGCGGCGGCGGGGGAGGCGGCGCGGCCAUGGACCCCGCGUCGUCCGGCCCGUCCAAGGCCAAGAAGACCAACGCCGGCAUCCGGCGCCCCGAGAAGCCGCCCUACUCGUACAUCGCGCUCAUCGUCAUGGCCAUCCAGAGCUCGCCCACCAAGCGCCUGACGCUCAGCGAGAUCUACCAGUUCCUGCAGAGCCGCUUCCCCUUCUUCCGCGGCUCCUACCAGGGCUGGAAGAACUCCGUGCGCCACAACCUCUCACUCAACGAGUGCUUCAUCAAGCUGCCCAAGGGCCUCGGGCGGCCUGGCAAGGGCCACUACUGGACCAUCGACCCGGCCAGCGAGUUCAUGUUCGAGGAGGGCUCCUUUCGGCGGCGGCCGCGCGGCUUCCGAAGGAAAUGCCAGGCGCUCAAGCCCAUGUACAGCAUGAUGAACGGGCUCGGCUUCAACCACCUCCCGGACACCUACGGCUUCCAGAGCUCCGCCGGCGGCCUCUCGUGCCCGCCCAACAGCCUGGCGCUGGAGGGUGGCCUGGGCAUGAUGAACGGCCACUUGCCGGGCAACGUGGACGGCAUGGCUUUGCCCAGUCACUCGGUGCCACACCUGCCCACCAACGGUGGCCACUCGUACAUGGGCAGCUGUGGCGGUGCAGCGGCCGGUGAGUACCCGCACCACGACAGCUCGGUGCCUGCCUCCCCGCUGCUGCCUGCGGCCGCCAGUGGAGUCAUGGAGCCGCACGCAGUCUACUCGGGCUCCACGGCCGCCUGGCCGCCCUCGGCCUCCGCAGCCCUCAACAGCGGCGCCUCCUACAUCAAGCAGCAGCCCCUGUCCCCCUGCAACCCCGCGGCCAACCCCCUGUCUGGCAGUCUCUCCACACACUCCCUGGACCAGCCGUAUCUACACCAGAACAGUCACAACGCCCCAGCUGAGUUGCAAGGCAUCCCGAGGUAUCACUCCCAGUCCCCCGGCAUGUGUGACCGCAAGGAGUUCGUCUUCUCCUUCAACACCAUGGCGUCCUCGUCCAUGCACUCGGCCGGCAGUGGCUCCUACUACCACCAGCAGGUCACCUACCAAGAUAUCAAGCCCUGCGUGAUGUGAGGCCGCCGCUGGCGGGACCCUCCAGGCACGGGCGGCCUGGCGCAGGGACCCGGAACCCAUCGCAAGAAACUGCUUUAUUCUUGAGGUAUAACCGUAGGCAGAAGACAAGGGUUUGACCCCUACCCACCCGGAUUAUUUGGAAAGGAAUCCCCAAGGCAAAGACCCAGCAUGGUGGUCAGAACCUCCUCCCCCACUCCUUCAAAAAAUUAACAAAUGGUGGCUGUGGGGCCUGGUCUGACUGCAGCUGUUGGUAAAUAAAGUAUCUAUUUUUGAUCCAGUUGAAGCCCGCUGAGAAGGUGCUGUAUUGGCGGAAACCUCAACAUCUAAACAAGAAUUCUGCUGAGGCCUCUCCCCACCUUCCCUCCAAUGGCAAAAGUGGGGGAAGGUUUUCAGAAGAAAGGCAAACAUGUGAGACCAUCAUUAUCAAAUACUUUUAUUUUUUGGUUGAGUAUUUAUCGUUUUAUUUUUAAUUUUUUUUUUUUUUUUUUGGAAAGAAUGUCUUGGAAUGCGCAAGUCUCCUCUUAGAGCCGUUUUUUUGCAGGGAAGGGGGGGCAAGAAAUCACGUCUCCCUCCCCAUCUCAGAAGCCCUCCAGCAACCACAGGUGGAUCUUUGUGCGGACUUGCGUUUCUGAAGCCACUGUUCGUCUUACAAAAGGAAACCAGAAGGAGCCCAGAAGCAGGGGCUCCCCAGGCCUCUGCCCUCCCCUCAGCCCUCCUCUGCCUUCUCUACAGUCCUUUUGGUUUGUUUCCAGUUGCAUUUUGACUUUUUUGGCGGGUGUUUUUCUCACAAGACCCGACUGUCUCCCGAUCUCUACUGUAAAAAACGUGCUGGUGUGAGAGCAAGGGGGUCACAGCGCGGCGCGGGGACAGGGAAGGCCGGUGAGCGCACGAAUUCAGGAUUGCGGCGACGCAGAAAGGUUAAGGCACUUUUUUAAACUAUAGCAAGGCUCAUCCUGUUAUUUAUUCUACUUUCUUUCCCUAAUAAUCGAAACACCGCAUAGGCUCCUCCGUUUAUCAGUAUUAAUGGUGUAACUUUGUUGGCAAUAUUUGCCGCGUAGAAUUUUUUUUUAGAGAUCCAUUGUAAAUUUGAAACAAAGUCCGAUCUGUGUAAAAACAAAUUUCCAUAUGUUUAUAUAAAUCUAUAUAUAAAAUGAAGGACUACCCCCUUUUUUUAGUAUUUGGCUGCUGGGGUGCAGCAUUUGUGACACGUAUUUUAAAUUUCCUUCUGCACUGUAUAAAAUGACAAUUUGAGGAUGUUUUGCCUUUUGUGUAUUUUUUCCUAAAAAAAGAACAAAAAUAAAAAUGUAUAACAUUUGUACAUUGCCUUUAACAUUGUAUCAACUAGAAAUAAAAUCGCAUGAGUAUUUUA